AGGGCGAAAUCAUUGGAAUAACAAACCACAGAAAGAUAAAUCGUACAACACAAAAGGACAUAGCAAAUCAAUUGUUACAUAAUACUACACACAAACCACCACAGUUCUAGGGAGCCUUCCUCUGCCCAGGCGUUGCUGAUGCAUGCCAGAUCUUACAAUACCUGGACAGGUAUUUUAUGUAUCAGCUAACCACAUCAUAUGUUAUAGCAGUUUGUCAGUCGAUGACACAGCUGAUGACGUGACACGCAAAACAUUGGUCGAUGCAGUAGGAGAACGCUGCUAUAGGCUGUGUCUGAAUUGUCACACCACAAAUUUGAGAUCAGAAUUUUAACAACCACAGUGUAGGAAAGCCUGUUCCUUUAAGCACUCAGUGAUGACGUCCCAGCUAUCACAAGCUGGCAGAGUGUUUAGUGCAUUACCAAGUGCAGCUCGCCACCUACUGCUGUGAACACAAAUUUCAGUUUUGGACAUUAUUUCCUUUCUGACCAAUUUAUUCAUCACUGUGCGUGAGUACCAAAACUUGAUGGGGUCCUGUGUGGCCUUAGUGCCUGUCCUUCUGCUCCUGUCCUCCCUGCAGCCCAGUGAGGCUGGGAGGGUCCUGGUCUACCCUGUCGACGGCAGCCACUGGCUCAACAUGAGGAUACUGGUGGAGGCUCUUCACACCCAGGGUCACCAGGUGACCGUUCUGCGCUCCUCCACCAGCUGGUACGUGGCUGAACACUCCCCCCACUACACCUCCAUUACUGUGCCCCAGGCUCAGCCCCAGAACAUUGAGAGUCAGGAGUUCAUGGCCCACUUCCUGAAGAGGUCGCUGGAGAUCCAGCGGGGCAAGGGCUCACCCUGGGCCUUCCUGCAGUUCUGUGGGAACCUCUUCAGCAUGCUGAGGCAGAACCAGGAGAUGGUGGCCGAGCUGGUCGUCACCAUGUUUGAGAACCAGACUCUGAUGAGAGAUCUGAAGGAGGCUGAGUAUGACCUGGUCCUGACUGACCCAGUGUUCCCUGCCGGGGUCCUGGUGGCCCACUACCUCCAGCUCCCCCUGGUUCUCAAUGUGCGCUGGGUCCUCAGCGGGGAGGGACACUUUGCCAUCGCUCCCUCGCCAUUAUCCUACGUUCCUCAAGUAUUCUCCCGCAACUCUGACCAGAUGAACUUUGCACAGAGGCUGAAUAACAUAUUCUACCACUGUCUCAGCUACUACAUGUAUCGUUACGUCUCCAACCCGCCUUACCAGGCCGUGUGCGACCGCUACUUUGCCCCUGAUGAGGUGGACGUCAUAUCCCUUAUCCAGGGAGCUGAUCUGUGGCUGAUGAGGGUGGACUUCGUCUUUGAGUUCCCUAGACCCACCAUGCCGAACGUAGUCUACACUGGCGGGUUCCAGUGCAAACCCUCCAAGCCUUUACCUGCAGCUUUAGAGGACUUUGUCCAGAGUUCUGGAGAACACGGGGUGGUGGUGAUGUCACUGGGGACUCUGUUGGGUGGACUGGGUCCAGAGAUGACAGAGGUCAUAGCCUCAGCCUUCGCCCGGCUGCCCCAGAAGGUGAUGUGGAGACACCUGGGAGAGAGGCCUUUGUCUCUAGGCAACAACACCCUGCUAGUGAAAUGGCUGCCUCAGAACGACCUCCUGGGUCACCCCAAAACCAAAGUGUUCGUCACACACGGGGGCACCAACGGGAUCUACGAGGCCAUCUAUCACGGAGUCCCAGUGUUGGGUAUCCCUCUCAUCUUUGACCAGUUUGACAACAUGGUGCGCAUGAAGGCCAGAGGAGUGGCAGAGGUUAUGGAGGUUACAACGUUAGAGGUGGAAUCCUUAACACAGACUCUGAUGGACAUUCUGGAUGAAGAGAAGCCCUACAGAGAGAAUAUGAGAAGACUAUCACGGUUGCACCACGACCGGCCUAUAGAACCUUUGGAUAGCGCCAUCUUCUGGCUGGAGUUUGUUAUGCGACACAAGGGGGCAGCUCACCUACGUACAGAGUCCUAUAAGAUGCCAUGGUAUGUCUAUCAUAAUGUGGAUGUUCUAGCACUGCUGCUGGGCUCUGCUCUGCUUGUUCUGGUGUUGUUUGUGGUUUCCUGUAUGUGCUUGGUAAGAGGAUUACGAAAGAGGAGAAAGUCCAAGUUGGAGUGAUUAUGUUACUUACUUAGUUAUUACACUGCUAACAAUCCAACCAUACAGUAGAUGUGGGGAAAGCAAUUGCAAAACACCUGAAGGUUGUUAUAAUGGGAUUUCCAAAGUGUGUCUGUCUCUGGUAUUUUAUGUAGAGAACCUUCCUAAUAUGUCAAGGAUAUAGGUUGAAUCAAGGUUUUAUUGGGUUAUUACGAUGCAAUCCUGCAUUUGCUGUGUAUUUUCACUCAUGUUAUCAAUUUUAUAAUAUACAGUGUAAAUUGUGAAAUCUUUUAAUGAAAUGAGAAUAAAUUCAAAUGAUGUGGAAUAAA